AUGCAGCUAGCACAAUCACACAGCAGUAGCAGUUUGCAACUCUGUCCCAACAUCAUCCAGGUUGACUCUCAUAUUUUGGAUCAUGCACAAGGAGUGCAUAAAGGAAACCUACUCAAUGCGCCAUUGAUCACUCAAGGUGCCAGUCACCCUCACCCAAUUCAGCAGGGAUCUGCAAAUCUUGUGGUAGACAACCUGCCAAGCGCACCUUGUAUUAUCAAAGGUUCUUGCGUUUCUUUCCUUCCAUAUCUCCCAAGAGAUAGCAUGGAGGAGGCCAGAUAUGAACGCCCUCUUCCAUGUGAGCUGAUUUAUGAUAUUCUAACUUCUAAUAAUGUCUGCAAAGCGAUGAGGGAGAGGUCCUUGGAACUCGAUCAGCUGCAGAAGGAGGAACCAAAUUAUGCUGCUAAAUUGACAAUGGCAGAAGAGAUGGUCGAUGAUUUCCUCCGCCAUGUUGCAGAGGGCACAUCGACUCGCAAGAUUCCAUCCUCUUCGUUUCAAGUUCUCGUGAGUUAG